ACCCAUUAUUGCAAUCUAUACCGUCGUCCGCGAUGGUGUCGCCUGACAGCCGACGUGGCGUGCUGCGGCUGGCGUUGACUGUUUCCGGUCUGCUAUUGUUUGGCAUCUUCGCGUACACCACUGAGUCCUCAUGGUCAUAUCUGAACGCCGUCCUUCUUCCCACACGUACCCACGUUCCCCACGUUCCAUCGAUCCCGACGAUACCCACGACCGGCGGCGACCCUCCCUUCGAGAGCGUAGGGAUCGUCACGUACAUCCCCGACGGCCAUAUCAAGUUCAUCAACCAAGCUCAUCACAUGUUGUGGUCUUCGUGGCGCUAUGCAACGUCUCAUGUGGACCGAGCGUCGCGCGGGCGGACCGACCUCAUCCUGUUCGCGCACCGCAACGUGAUCAGUCAAAUGCCCGACGAAUGCACACUUCUGGACGUCACGGACGCCGCCGCGGUGGAAGCCACCCGGACCCACGUCGCCGACCAAUGCUAUGUCGUUGAACGAACGCCUCCUGCCGACGACUACUGGUUCCGGUACUCGUUCAUGUUUAGCCUGUCGUACUUGGCGGAACCGGCCUUCCAUACACUUCUGAUGGACUACGACCGUCUGCUCCGCUCUGACUCGGACGUGGUGAUUACGCCGGCAUUCCUGAGCUUCCGACCACCCCAAUUCGUCGUGGGCAGGGGCGGUUACAUGGACGAAGACUUUACGAGGCAUCGCAUCCACAAGCUUGCAUUGGACUUGAAUAUGACCCACCAAGGCCUGUACAACGUCGGCUCGACUUGGUUUGGCAACUCGACGUUGGUCCUGACAAUGACCCCCAAGAUGCUCCAAGUCGCCCAGUUCAUUCUCGAAAGCCCCAUCUAUGGCGAGGAAAUGGGGUUCCCCAAAUGGCAUCCUGGCGUAACCUCCAUGUACGCUGGGGAAUUGGUCGUGAAUCACUUUAUACCCAAUGACAAUGUGUGGGUUAAUUCCGAGAGUUUGGACAUCAACUGCAACGGACACGAAAGGACAGCAGACGUGUAUCAUAGCCACUGCUGGCCAGGCGACCAGUAUCCCGGGUACUUUAACAAGUGGGCGUACGAGCGCGGCGAAUACACAGUCGACAAAUUCCCGCGGCAAACGCUCAAUAUUUCCGUGAUCAACGACUACUUUAUGGCCAUGGUGCUGUACGGAGCCUAGAGCAUGCUGUAUGUGUGCAAUAUAGACCCGUACGCAAGAACGCUGAGAUACAGAUACAGUAAUGCAUUGCGUACAGGAAAAACACAAAUACAGAUGCCACGUCGAUGCAUUAUUAUAAAAAUGCAUGGAAACAAUCUGGCUACCGUGGAUACGUAUUGUAAUAGGAAC